AUGGCGGAGGGAUCUGGUACGGUGCCAAUUUCAACUGCAUUGGAAGAAUUGAAGAAGCUGAUUCUGGACAGCACUGCAACAUUGAGCAAGAAGAUGGAUGUUAAUGAAAAAAACGCAGCAGCAAGGAUGGGGGUGCUUGCAGAUAAGGUCGCGCAGAAUGACAGAGAUAUAAAGAAGCUGGAUGUGGAAAGAAGAACAUCCUCUUUCCAGGGUGACCCAGACCUGAAUGCCUCCAUCUCCCAGCAGGAGGAGAAGGAAUCCAGCCAUCGCAAGCCGAAUUCUGCCUUCCCAACGGGAGCCAGGAAUUGGACACAGCUAAGGGAAUUUGUCUUUCUGGGUUUCUCUGGCAUUCUGCACGGCCAGACCUACCUCUCCUUUGUAUACGUAGCCAUUUACUUGGUCACUGUAACAGGGAAUAUUGUGAUAUUCGCACUGAUCCAACUGGAUUCCCGCCUUCACAGCCCCAUGUACUUUUUCCUCUGCCAUUUGUCUUGCUUAGAUAUUUGCCUCUCUUCAGUCACGGUUCCUAAGAUCCUGGUGAACCUCCUAUCUCAGCAACACACCAUCACCUACAACCAAUGCAUGGCUCAGAUGUUCUUUCUGAUGUCUUUCACGGGGACGGAGGCUGCACUGCUGGCCGUCAUGGCCUACGACCGCUAUGCAGCCAUCUGCAAGCCUUUGUACUACUCCCGCCUCAUGAACACCAAGGUGUGUAUCCGGCUGGCGACUGCCGCUUGGCUCUGGGGCUUCCUCGAUUCAGCUGUCCACACUGCUCUGAACUCCAACUUGUACUUCUGCAGAGACAACCAGAUUCCACACAUUUUCUGCGACGUCCUCCCUUUGUUGAACAUUGCCUGUGGUGAUACACAUGUCAAUACGAUGGCAGCUCACAUAGCGAGCAUUUUUGUGGGGCUCAGCCCCUUUCUGGUAAUCGUCCUUUCAUACAUCUACAUCCUGUCCUCCAUCUUGAGGAUUCGAUCCAACACUGGCAGACAGAAAGCUUUUUCCACUUGUGCCUCCCACAUGUUCGUGGUCACCAUUUACUUUGGAAACGGACUAGUUAACUACAACCGGCCAAGGUCAGGCUACUCCCUGGGGACAGACACCCUGGUCUCCACGAUGUAUUGUAUAGUCCCCCCAAUGCUCAAUCCCCUGAUCUACACCCUCCGCAACAAGGAGGUGAUGGGAGCCCUGAGGAAGGCUCUGCAAAGUCAGAAGAAGCCCUCACGCAGACGUCCGUGGCAGAUGUGA